GUGGAAGACGCGGUCCGUAAAGUCAUUGAGCUGAUCACGGACAAUGGCGGUGGCAGUGUCUUUCUUGGGGGCAGUUGCAACCCAACGACGUGGCGCCGCGACACCGCGAUCCCGUUGUUCGAGGCCAACUCGGUGAAAUUUUACAACCCACAGGUCGAUGACUGGACACCCGUUUUGGUUGAAAAGGAGGCCACAGAGAAAGCGGAGGCAGCGGUCCUCUUGUUUGUGAUUCCCAGACCCGCGGCAUCAAAAGUCAUGAUCGAAGCAGCCGAGCUCAUUGCUAGUGGCCGCCGCAUUGUGCUGGUGAUCCAGAAGAUGACGGAAGCAGCGGAUUCCAGCACUGACAUGAAGGAUUGCAACAGAGGACGUGCCUAUCUGGAAGACCAAGUUGCGCGUGCCGAGCAGGCUGAGCGCGAGGCAAAGAAACAGAAAGUCGCCUAG